GACUUCCUUGAUAUAAAUAUUAUGUCUAAAACAUUUUUUGGCUCAGUUGUCACUGAGCUUUAGUUAAAAAAUCUUUAGAGAAAAUAGGAAAAAUGGUGCAAAAACUAUUAAUUAUUGCAAGUGUUAUAAUUAGUUUAACAAAUGCUUCGGCUCCAUCUAUCACGCCGUGCGUAUCAACUGACUCGGACUGCAUUACCGAAAAUGCCAGGAGAUUAAUACCCGUGUUCGCCGAUGGCAUACCAGACUAUGGAGUCAAGACUGCUGAUCCAAUUACCUUUAAGAGCAUAGACGCAAGUUCACCGAAUCUAAAAUUCCUCCUGAGUGAUCUUACUGUGAAAGGUUUGAGGAAUUGUAAAGCAAUCAAAUUGGCUCGUAGCAACGUAAAAUAUAGCUUGUUUCUAAAAUUGUCCUGUGCUCUGACUAUCGAUGGUGAUUAUGAAAUGGAAGGCGAGAUUCUUGUCCUGAAAAUUGUUGGAAAAGGGAAAGUCCACGCUUUUCUCCCAAACAUUGAAAUAACGGCGGAUCUAGAAACGGUCGAGAAGGAAAAGAAUGGCGAAAAAUACUUGAGGAUCAAGAAAUUCAAUCAUAGUUUCGACCUUAAGGCCAAGUCUGACCUUAAGUUUGAAGGCUUGCUAAAAGACAAUCAAGUGUUGGCUCAGGCUACCGAGGACCUUCUUCAGAAUAGCAGUAAUGAAGUUAUCAAGGAAAUUGGAGGCAAAGUAGUCGAGACCGUUGUUACCGGAGUGAUAGAAAACGUCAAUCAUUUCUUCGGAAAACUGCCACUGAAAGAGUAUUAUCUGGACUGAUCGUGUUCUGUAUGGAUUGGCUUAAUUAAAGGACUGUUUUGUUAAA